AUUGAGAUCUACCUCAACACGAGCUCGCCUACCGUCACCACCCACUCAACAUCUGGCCUCGUGCAUGUCUGUAGAGACAAGGUCUUCUCGAGCUCUCAGAAGCUCGUAGCGCGUCGAGCUUCACCUCGAGCAAGACUGCAAUACCCGCGUCUCAGACGCCCCGACAUCCCCAACCAUGAACAACACAAAGCGAAAGUUCAACACGCUCCUCCAAGGUCUGAGCGCACCGAAGCCCUCACCUGCGACCGACAAGCCAAGGCAGCCCAGGACGACCGCUGAAGUUGAGGAGCUCCUACAGAAACGCCGACGUCUGGGCGUCCCACAAUCAAAUGGCACAUCCCUGUCCACAAAACCGACGACAACUCGCUCGACGAUAACAUCUCCUGGUCGGAGGCAGGAAGUCAAGGAGGAGAAGCCAGCAGCGCGAUUCAAUCCCAGCGAUCGUGGAGAAUUGCUCAAGAGGCUUGCGACGUUUCACGACAUAACAGACUGGACGCCCAAGCCAGAGCGGCUGAGCGAGAUUGAGUGGGCGAAACGAGGCUGGGUAUGCCACGGCAAGGAGACCGUGCGGUGUCUCCUGUGCAACAAGGAGCUAGUUGUCAAGUUAAAGAAGGAAGCCAGCGCGAAAGAGCCUGUGCAGCCAACAUCAGCAGAGGUGGAGAAGGCCCUCGUAGACAAGUACGUGGACUUGAUCGUCACGCAUCACGGACCCGAAUGUCUUUGGAGAGAAAGAGGAUGUGAAGGCAACCUCCUACGACUGCCGCUUGCGAGCGCUACGGCAUCGCUACAGGCACUCAAAGAGAGGUAUGAUGAGCUCUGCUCUCGAAAGCCCUUUUUGCCUUAUGAAGUCAACCUGCGGCUACCUGAAGGCUUUGACCUGGACGACAUACUAUCAAAUCUUCCCACCGACUUCUUCCAGUCGAGCAGUACCACAGAAAACACGGUCGAGCCAGACCGUGUAGCUUUGGCCCUUGCUUUAUGCGGCUGGCAGGGCCUGUCGAACCCUCGCAUGGGUGCUGUUCCCAAUUCAGCCUCGUGUCAUACCUGUCUCCGACGUCUCGGUUUGUGGAUGUUCAAAAGCAAGGAGAUCAAUCCGGAGACCAACGAGGUCAUUGUGCCCGCGCCAAUGGACCACCUCGAUCCAAUACGGGAGCACCGCUUCUUCUGUCCGUGGAAGAACGCCGAAAUCCAGAAACGACAGUACUCCAAGCUUGCAGAACAAGAGGCGCAGCCAGGAUGGCGGGUGUUGCUGCAGACCCUGGACAACGACGCCCAGCUCAGGAGCAUGUACGAGGGGAAACCGAGGAGCAGACCGCAUUCAACUGUAGGCAUUCCACACACGCCCUCCAAGGGACCACCAAGGACCCCGGGGCCUGCGACACCUGCUACACACUCGGGGCUGCCUCUCACACCGGCCACCGUGGCCACUCAGGGCGUUGACGAUGAGGAGAAGGAGCAGGAGGCCAAGGACAGGGAGAGGUGGGCGAGGCUGAAAAGAGUAAAGAGCCUCUUCGAUCUGCGCGGUGCGCGGAAACGGGGCAAGUCUGCCAGUCGACCCGGGACUGGUCAUUCGACCCGCACGACAGGCGGCGAUGCAGCCGACGCGACGACCUGACAUCUUGGAGCAUGUUGAUUGCGAGCAUUGCGUGGAGUUUA